GGAGACUGAAGCAUCGGCUGAUGGGCGACUUCGAGGUGCAGGUCUGCCUGAAGGACGGGGGCCCCGGCCGGGAGUUCACCAUGGGCGUGGACGUGCUGCGGGCCUCGAGUUCGUAUCUGCGCGACCUACUGUACGAGAUGCCCGGACCCGCGAACAUGCGCCUGCAGAUCGACGGCAUCUCGGUGCUGGCGUUCGAGGGCCUCAAGGCGUACCUGCGCAACAGCGGCCCCGUGGUGACGUGCCAGAACGUGACGGACCUGUACAGCUGCGCGUACAAGCUCCGGCUGCGACCCCUGACCAACCGGUGCCUGCAGUACCUGGCGCAGGCGGGCCCCGUCGGGAGGCAGCUGGUGGUGCUGCAACAUGCCUCGCGCUUGAAACUACCGGCCGAGCAGCAGGCUGCCUUCCAGUUCGUUGCAGAGAACUUCGACGACGCCGUCAGGACCCGGCAGUACCUGGAGUUGGAAUGGAAUACAGUGAAGAGCUUGCUCUGCGCCGACGUUCUGGGCACUUCCUCGGAGACCAAAGUGCUGGUGGCCGCGCUCUCCUGGCUGGAGUACGACUAUCAGGUGUGCACCAGAGAGUAUAUGCGCCCCAGAAUACUCGUACAACCUAGUGAUGGCGCGGAUGAUGACCUCAACGAGUACUGA